CCGAGAUAUGACGUACUGUGCCUUUCUCCCCGGAGCAAUCUCAAUGAUUUCAGUAAUGUCCUGGUGUUUUCAGUAAUCGCCAAGCAGCGAUUCCACCAUUCACAAUCAGUGUCGACAGCCAGGACCAGUGCCAAGCAUCCGACGACCCUGUCGUCCCCAUCUCGCCAGCUACCCAGUAUCUCCGUUGAUGAGAAGGAGUCGUGGUUCCUUCCCCCCGUCCGCUUCGUUUCUCCCAAUCCAACUUCUUUCGCACUCCCACUACUCUCACUCUCUCUCUCUCACUCUCUCUCUCUCACUCUCAUUCUCGACAACACCAUCGUCGACUUCGCGAUACUUCCAAACAACGGUGGCGCAGUGUUCGAUCGGCCUCGCUGGAUCCGUAGCAUCGCAUCAACAUUCACACUUCAGACGACUGCCGCCGACCGACGACCCUAGAUCAGCGUAACGUACCUGAGCUGUGGUGCGGUGCCCAAGCUUGUGAAGCUCCUCAGCCUCCAAACAACUCCUCCUUCCCACUCCAAUACUCCAACGCACAUAAGGGCUAAGACCUAGGCAACGAGGCAACUCGAAUCGUGCCUGACUGUGCACCAGCACCAGUCAAAGCUGGACACUCAGCACCGCCCGCGGUCACACAUGAUAUCUUGGAGACGCAAUUGCCCAUUCAUCAACAACAGAAACCGUCGAUUGGGAAUUGGCACUACCACUUCAGUCAUCAUCCCAGUCAAAACAGGACCUGCCAAGCUCAAGUCCCUGGAAAGUGGUGAAUCCGAGUCGCAGAGCAUAAUUCCUCCCCCUCCAUUCACAUCGGGUUAUCCCUACAACCAUUCCCGAUCGCCUGUGGCGGUGGUCCUUUUUAAACUUUCCAACAACAAGUUCUCCACCAUAAGUUCCAACCAUGGGUCCAUCCUUUAACAUUCGUAAGGAUUCUUACACAAUUGAGCGCCUACUACUCUGACUGACGCCCCCUCUAGACACUAUUCGCAAACAAGCUCGCAGAGAAGCCUGGAAUAACGAUUCGCACAAUCCCUUUCGCCAAGUCUCCCGUUCAAGCACCGUUCCAACGCAGAAAUCCAUCCGUCAGCUGGAAGCUGGCGAAGAAGACGGUUCACCCAUAACACACGCCCAGACCGAACCAAUGUUUGCAUCACCACAGGAAGGCUCCUCGAGAGAGGGUAAGGCGAAUGAUUUUGGGGGAAGUGGGUCUCGCGAGAAAAGUGAAGAAGGAAGACCUAGCGAUCCGGAUAGCGGAAAUACAUUUUUAGGUCGAAGUUUGACAGGCCUGUCGACAGAGGAAAAAGGCAUGACGCAACGAAAGAAGAGAGGUAUCAAAAACUUCUGGAAGCGAAAUGAAUCUGAAGAAGAAACGAAUGAGGAAGAUGCAAAAGAAAAGAAGCGUCCUUGGUAUAAAGGAAAGAUUCUACCACACAAAAAACCUUUUACCGUUCGGAAUCAGUUGAUGAGAACGGUUGCUGGAUCCUGGGUCAAUAUUCUACUCAUCGCCGCGCCUGUUGGAAUUGGUCUAAAUUAUGCUGGGGUAAAUGGUGUGGCCAUUUUCGUUGUCAAUUUCAUUGCCAUUGUUCCGUUAGCUGGUCUACUUGGUUUUGCCACGGAAGAAAUUGCUUUACAUGUGGGGGAGAGUCUAGGAGGUCUUUUAAAUGCUACUUUCGGGUAUGUCUUUCAAACUUUUGAUUGAAAACAUGCGCUAAUAAGUGUAGUAAUGCCGUCGAAUUGAUUGUCGCAAUUAUUGCUUUGGCUCAGGAUAAAAUCGUGGUUGUCCAAACAUCUCUCAUAGGCAGUAUUCUAUCCAAUUUACUGCUGGUCAUGGGAAUGUGCUUCUUUUUCGGCGGAUUGAGACGAUCGGAACAAUUCUUCAACCAAACCGUUGCCCAAACUGCUGCCAGUCUUCUGGCUUUAGCAGUUGGUGCUUUGAUCAUCCCAACUUGCUUCGAUCAAUUUACCAGCACCGACAGCACCCGUGCACCUACCCCGGUUAUUGCAGCCCUCUCCAGAGGAACGUCGGUAAUCCUUUUGGUUGUUUACCUUGGAUAUUUAUACUUCCAAUUACACACCCACUCCAAUGCCUUCAGCGAGGAGAGUCAAAAGGUACCAAAGCGACCUCGCAAGAAGGCCUUGGCAGAUGGUGCCAUUUCCAAAGGUUUGGCUGCUGCUGGUGGAAUUGGGGCUGGAGCUGGGCGAGCAAAUAUGGCGGAUCGACCUCCAAAUGAUGAAUUACUCAACGCCACAGCACAUGAAGAAGCUGAUGAUGAAGCCGAAGAACCUACUCUCCAUAUCGCAGUUGCAUGGGCUACGCUUGCAAUUUCAACAGUCAUCAUCGGUUUAUGCGCUGAGUUCAUGGUGGAUAGUAUUUCUUCCAUUACCGGAGCUGAGGAAGGAGAAGCUCCCACAGAUGGGAAGAAAUCCGGAAUUUCCAUCGAAUUUGUUGGUCUGAUUCUCUUGCCAAUCGUUGGAAAUGCUGCCGAACAUGCUACUGCCGUGACUGUUGCAUGCAAAGACAAAAUGGACCUUGCCAUUGGUGUUUGUGUUGGCUCCAGUAUGCAGGUUUCUCUCUUCUUGAUUCCUCUUCUUGUUGUCAUUGGGUGGAUUAUGGGUAAGCCUGAUAUGAAUUUGAGCUUUGACGGAUUUCAAAUCACGGUUUUGUUUGUCUCUGUUCUACUGGUCAAUUAUUUGAUCGGUGAUGGAAAGAGUCACUGGCUGGAAGGGAUGCUGUUGCAGUGUCUUUACUUGUAAGUCUCCAAUACCAACUCGACGAAUGUAGUUGAACAUUUACUAACUCGGAUAUUCAGGAUUAUCGCUGUCUGCGCUUGGUAUUAUCCAACCAAGAACGCGGUCACUGGUGUUGUUGACCAAAACAGUUGGUUACUAUGAUAUACGCCUUGCGAAAAUCAACGAAAUACGAUUUCUUCCACACAUUACGUCACGCUACUUAGCUUUGGACCUGCGCCGAACCAUACACCAUAAUGUUUUUUUCGUUCUGUACAAAACUUCUCUUUUUCACUUCGCUCCUCAACAUCGGAUACAGUAGAGGUUGAGGCCCCUAUUUUCUUUAGACUGUACAUAGAGCUUUUGGUUUUUUCUUCGUUUCUUUUAAUCGUUGAGUUUACGUUCAGUGUGUUGUUUUUUCUCCUUUUUCUUUUGGAAAAGUGUACUGGGUCGUUAGGCGUUUGGGAGUUUGGGAUGGUGUGGCAUGAAUGGGUGGAUGAGUGGAUGUUGUGUGUAGUGGUUUGCUAGGAUACGACGCCGAAUACAGUACUGGCUCUAUGAAGUCUGGUAGCUACGAUAUUUGGAUUUCAAUUCAAACUUUUACUUGAUGAUUCUUUUCUGUUUUGGA